AUGGCGAACAAAAUCCUCAUUGUGUUCAUCGUCUUCGACAUCAUCUUCUUGCUGUGCGCAGGCCUCCAUCUGUUCAUCCCCCUGUAUACCCGCAUGAACAUCAAGAACAACACCAAUGUGGACAACAUCGCCUCGAACCUGCUGCUGGACCACUGUCCACUGACAGCGAGCAUGGUCAAUUCGGUCAUCAUGUUCAUCACCUUCCUCCUUUCGGUGCCCGCCUUUUUCAUGAACCGCAACCGCGCGUACUUGAAACUCCACGCCACAGGCGUCGUGAUUUGCUCCCUCUUAACCUUCGCAAUCGGCAUUGACAUCUGGUUCUCCACGCUACAGACCAGGAAAAACCUCGCACCCAUCUGGAACAGCCAAACCCCGGCCAUCCAAACCAUGCUGCAAGCGAAGUUCCAGUGCUGCGGCUACAGCAACCCGGCGCUGUUUAUCAAGGAUGACACAUGCGUCAGUGCGGCGACGGCUGCCAGGUUGGGCCCUUGCAUCACGCCAUUCGGGGUGUUUGCGAACAGUUUCUUAGACGUGGUGUUCACCACGUUCUUCGGCUUUGUCGCCGUGGACAUGAUGUUACUGUUGGCCGCGCUGUGCCUGGUCAAGGAUCGCAAAGAGAAGGAGCGGUACCGACUCAUUGACGAGAAACGGGGGUUCGGGCCCAUCUAG